AUGUCCAACGGACGCAUCGUGUCGGCCAUGCUCGGUACGUGCUGCCACGAUGAGCUCCACCGUGCAAUCGAGCCGUUCGCGGCUCGGAUGAGCAAGAUCAGCAAGGCUCAAGGCUCUUCCAUACCCACCAAGAUCAAGAAGGUGGACAAGGCUGAAACCACGAAGAACUAUGUGACGAAGGCUACUCUGACCUCUAAGACUACAAGCGACCAGGGCCCAGACGUAGGUGCUUCCCGAAAGUCCAAGCGCCCGCAAAAAAAGAAGGUGUGGCUGGAGGAAGACAACGCCCCUCAGGAUGAAGCUGAAGUGUCAGCUGAUGAGGAUGACAAAAUGGUAGAUGGCGACCAAGAGGAGCAUGAGGAGGCUGAGAAUGCAUGGAAGGAGAGGCAUGAUGAGGAGGAGGAAGAGGAGGAGGAGGAGGAGGAGGAGGAGGAGGAGGAGGAGGAGGAGGAGGAGGAGGAGGAGGAGGAUGUGGAGGAGGAGGAUGAUGAUGAGGAGGAGGAGGAGGAGGAGGAGGAGGAGGAGGAGGAGGAGGAGGAGGAGGAGGAGGAGGAGGAGGAGGAGGAGGAGGAAGACAAGGUGGAUGAGGCGGAUGUGGAGGCUGCACAAAAGCAGGAGGAUGCGGAUGGGGAGGCAGAAAAUAGUAAUGAGGAAGCGGAUGAGCCUAAACGUGGUGUCCGUGCGUGUGGCUUUGAAGAGUUGCUUGAAGAGCAAUGCGAAGCUGAAGAUGACGAGGCCGAGGAGGACGAAGCAGUGGCUGAGGCACGAGCUCUGCUACGUGGGAACAAGAAGGCGCUUUCCGACCUCAAGAAGACUCCAUGUGGAGCUCAGAAGGAAGUCAAGGGUGGUGCCAAAAAGGCGUGCCCUGAAAUUUCUGCCAUCCGCCCUGCACCUGUCAAGAAUUCUAAAGCCAGCUGCCUGCUACUGCACCUUGCCCUGCAACCUGGCAUUUCUCUAGCAAGUUCUCUGCCAUAUCCUGAAGUCAUGUACCCUAAUAGCUUUUCCAUGUCUUUCCUCUCCCCAGCACUCACCCUCAUUUCCCACCCUCUUCCCCCCUCUGUAGUUUCCUUACCCUCCCCUCCCCACCAGCACCUAUCACUGCACCUACACCAUUCAUUUGCAGGUCCUCGACCCCCCCCUCCUAAACCCUCUACUCCCCCUCCUAAACCCUCUGCCCCCCCUCCUAAACCCUCUGCCCCCCCUCCUAAACCCUCUGCCCCCCCUCCUAAACCCUCUACCCCCCCUCCUAAACCCUCUACCCCUCCUCCUAAACCCUCUACCCCCACUCUUUAA